CAGCUCCACACCCCCACCAACCUCCUGCUGCUCUCUCUGGCUGUCUCAGAUUUCCUCGUGGGACUCAACAUAUCUUUUUCACUGGUCUUCUCAACCGGCUGCUGGUAUCUGGGUGACCACAUCUGUGUGCUGUACAGUGUGUUAGACUGCACACUGAUCACUGUCCCAGUGGGAACCAUGGUGCUCAUUUCCAUCGAUCGCUAUGUGGCCAUCUGUAACCCUCUGCAUUAUCAUUAUAAAAUCACUGUGAGGAGAGUUUUAGCUGUUAAUGUACUCUGUUGGGUCUUCUCUGUGCUGUAUAUCAGUGUGGUGUUUAGAGACGUAUUAAGUCAGCCCGGCAGGUUUAAAACCUGCCAGGGCGAGUGUGUAAUAGCUUUUGAUAAUAAUGAGGCAAUCAUAGACUUUUUCCUGAUCUUUGUGGGCCCUGUAUCUGUGGUGAUAGUUCUGUAUCUCAGGGUGUUUGUGGUGGCGGUGUCCCAGGCUCGGGCCAUGAGGGGUCAGAUUAGGGUCGUAACUUUGAAGCCCUCAGAGGCCGUGCACGCCAGGAAAUCUGAGCUGAAAGCUGCCGGGAUCCUAGGAGUGGUUGUUGUCGCUUUUCUGUCGUGUUACUUCCCAUAUUACUGCUCCUCCUUUGUAGGGGAUGGUUUUGAGUUCAGUUCAACAGCAGGGCUUUUGCAGACCUGGCUACCGUACUUUAACUCCUGUCUGAACCCACUCAUCUAUGCCUUUUGCUAUCCCUGGUUCAGGAAGUCUGUUAAGCUCCUACUGACACUAAAGAUUCUUCGCCGUGGCUCCUCUAGGCUGAACGUACUGGAGCAAAGGGAAGGGUCGGUUGCAUGGAAACAGCAAACCGAAAACAAGGAGGGAAAGGAUAAAGGAGCUGGACCAUGGAGGGAUGUGGCAGCAGAGCUGCCUGAGCUCUGCUGCCUCUCUUUUCUGCCUCUUCCUCCAACAAUGGAGGAGCGGGAGCUCUGCUUUCCACACAUCAACUCCUCCUGCAGAAAGCCGAUGCGCUCAAAGGCUGAUGAACUACUGACUUACAGCGUCCUGCCCCUCAUCUCUCUGCUCACCACCACCCUCAACCUGCUGGUCAUCAUCUCCAUCUCCCACUUCAAGUACCUGCUCUCUUAUUCACCUCAUGCCUUUGAUGCAGUAAAUAAAUUUUCUGCAUUGAUAGAAACACUUCUAAACAAGAUGAUUGAUAUGUUAUACUACUAUAACUGGGAGUUGUUAUGC